UCCUCGUUUUCUCUCUCGCGUGGUCUUCGGUCGCGUAAAUUUUCGUGGGUCCCCGAGAUGAUGUGCCGUACGAUGAUCUCGUGUAUCUCGCUCUCGCGAAUCCGACGUUAAUCGUCUCGCGUAUCGUGUUACCGUGUCCCGCGGAAUCACCGUAAAUUUCGCGAUAGCGUGCGCUUGGUGCCGAUAAUAUUUCUUCGCGCGUGCCGGUUCUUCAUUGAGUGAGAGAGAGGCGCGACGGGCUCUCCUCCAUGUAACCCGCCGUAACCACGUGCUUGAAAAUCCAGUCGGACGUUGUCGGCUCUCGCGCGCCAGUACAACCGUCGUGCACGAUCGGACGCUUCCCCGCGUUUUCUAUCCGGAGACGUCGUCCGGGGGAUUCAGGUUCCUCGCGACGCCGGGAACGGAUCGUUGCCGAUAUCGCGCGCUGAAAUACGCCGAUUGUUUCCGGAGCGCACGAGCACCGAGAAAAUUCCACCGCGUUCACAGAGGCAUGCCGAAGGGAUGACGGAAUUCGUGGACGGUUGGUUCCUGGGGCACACCCUCGGCGAGGGUGCCUACGGCGAGGUUAAACUGGUUAUAAAUAAAUCUACAGGCGAAGCUGUUGCUAUGAAAAUGAUCGAUGUAAAGAAACAUCCGGAUGCAAGGGAGACAGUCUGCAAGGAAACUGCUAUUCAUUAUAAGCUUUCAAAUCCAAAUGUUAUACACUAUUUUGGAAAACGCAGUGAGCCCAACAUGGAAUAUAUUUUUCUAGAAUAUGCUUCAGGCGGAGAGUUGUUUGAUAGAAUCGAACCUGAUAUUGGUAUGCCGAUAUUCGAAGCACAAAAAUAUUUUAGACAAUUAAUUUCUGGAGUAGAGUAUCUGCACAUUCAGGGGGUCGCGCAUAGAGAUUUGAAACCAGAGAACUUGCUUCUAGAUAAUAAUGAUAAUUUAAAAAUAAGCGACUUUGGAAUGGCGACAAUAUUCCGUAUACGAGAUAAAGAACGUUUGUUGGACAAAAAAUGUGGAACGUUGCCAUAUGUUGCACCAGAGGUACUAGUAAGACCAUACCAUGCAGAACCUGCGGAUAUAUGGUCUUGCGGAAUUAUUCUCAUAGCUUUAUUGGCUGGAGAAUUGCCAUGGGAUCAACCUUUGGCAGGCUAUCCUGAAUAUGUCGCAUGGAAAGAAGGGAAAUAUAUGUCUCUUACGCCAUGGAAGAAACUAGACAAUAUCUCGUUAUCGUUAAUAAGAAAAAUUCUUACGGAUUCGUCGUCAGCGAGGUACAAAGUGCCAAAUAUCAAGCAACACAGAUGGUUUGUCACAAAUUUUGCCAGAGAUCAAGUAGAUGGACGGAAUUAUUUAAAUCAGACAGAGGAUGAAAGUUUACGAAAUGUCUGUUUAUCUCAACCUGAAUUCCCUGGUGUAGAAAAUAAUGAUAUAAUUCGAUUCAAUUUAGACGAACGUCCAACAUUCUCAUUUUCUCAACCUGCUCAUAUGGAAGAUAUGUUAGUAGCUACACAAUUACAAGCGUUUACACAGCCCAGUCAGCAAAAUUCCUUUCAAAGACUAGUUCGGCGAAUGACUAGAUUCUUUGUUAAAAUAGAAUGUGAGGAAAUUGUGAAGAAAUUAAAGAAGUAUUGCGAGAAAGAAAAUUAUACUUAUCGCGUUAAUGAAUUCGGUGUGGUCACGAUAUCGACGGUAGAUCGGCGUAAAAUGCAUCUAGUUUUUAAAGUAAAUUUCAUAGAAAUGGACGGAAAUAUACUAGUUGAUUUUCGCUUGUCUAAAGGUUGCGGUUUGGAAUUUAAAAGAGCGUUCAUCAAGAUCAGAUAUGCGAUGGAAGAUGUUAUUGUGAAAAGUUCCGCGGUAUACUCGAAGAGUUAAUAAUUGUUAUAAAUUUGUAAUAAAUAUAAGAUCAUGUAA